GCAGUGUUGCGAGCUAAUUAUGGCAAGGACGUUCACUCAUUCACACAGUGAGUAUUUCGGGCCCUUUUGCACAGAACUGUACACGUUACAACCAGAGAUACAAGGUUUCCUGCAUUCUGAUACAGCCAAGUAGCAAGCAAGCAAUCGCGCUGGUUGUUUCCAUGUGAUUUCUUUGUUAGAACAGUUUUUUUUUAAUGCGACCGGGGAACAUUUCUGAGCCGGCCGAGGAUUCCGUGUGAGCAGCGUGUUCGCCGCUGCGUCCACCACCUCUCCAGCCGGGAGGAUGACAUAGGCGAGGGGGCUUUCCCGAGCAAGCGGUCUCGCAGGGUCUACUACAUCCGAGUGGCGGCAGGAGGCGGGAGAGAGAGAGACGGCGCUGGGGAGCGGGAUGGCGGAGCGGUGGGCUGGCUAUCUGUGGGCCUUCCACCUGGUAUCCCACCUGGUUGCCCUGGCGACCGGGGCCCACCCACCUUUCAGGACCUUCGGAGCCUCCGAUACCAGCCUAACCCACCUCGCGGUCCACCAGGGGACGGGGGUGGUCUACGUGGGGGCCGUGGACAGGAUCUAUAAGUUGGCGAGCAACCUGAGCUUGCUGCGCUCCCACGUUACGGGUCCCGUGGAGGACAAUGUGCGCUGCUACCCGCCACCUAGCGUGCAAUCCUGCCCCCAUCCGCUGGCCCUCACCCGCAACGUCAACAAGCUCCUGCUUAUAGACUACGCCCAGAACCGCCUCAUCGCCUGUGGGAGCACCUUCCAGGGCAUCUGCCAGUUCCUGCGGCUGGAUGACCUCUUCAAGUUGGGGGAGCCCCACCACCGGAAGGAGCACUACCUUUCUAGCGUUAGCGAGGCAGCCACCAUGUCUGGUGUAAUCAUCUCUGGCCCCAACAGCACCAACAACAAACUCUUCAUUGGCACGCCUAUCGAUGGCAAGUCGGAGUAUUUCCCCACCCUCUCCAGCCGGAAACUGAUGGUCAACGAGGAGAACGCGGAGAUGUUUGGCUUUGUCUACCAGGAUGAGUUUGUCUCCUCACAGCUGAAGAUCCCAUCGGACACGCUGUCCAAGUUCCCGGCCUUUGAUAUCUACUACAUCUACAGCUUCAGCAGCGAGCAGUUCGUCUACUACCUGACCCUUCAACUCGACACCCAGCUAACGUCGCCGGAUUCCAGCGGUGAGCAGUUCUUCACCUCAAAGAUCGUCCGGCUGUGCGUGGGCGACCCCAAGUUCUACUCCUACGUCGAGUUUCCCAUUGGCUGCUUGAAGGAUGGCGUGGAGUAUCGGCUCAUUCAGGACGCCUACCUGGCCAAACCGGGCAAGUACCUGGCUCGCUCCCUGAAGAUCUCUGAAAAGGAGGACAUCCUCUUCACCGUCUUCUCCCAGGGGCAGAAGAACCGGAUGAAGCCGCCCAAGGAGUCUGCCCUCUGCCUGUUCACGUUGAGGAAGAUUAAGGAGAAGAUUAAAGACAGGAUCCAGUCCUGCUACAGGGGGGAAGGGAAGCUCUCAUUGCCUUGGCUACUCAACAAGGAACUGGCCUGCAUAAAUUCCCCCUUGCAGAUUGAUGACGACUUCUGCGGACAAGACUUCAACCAGCCUCUGGGUGGGACGACCCUGGUGGAGGGCAUCCCGCUCCUCGUCGACGGAGAGGAUGGCAUGACGUCCAUUGCUGCCUACGACUACAGGGGCCACUCCGUGGCCUUCUUUGGGACCAGGAGUGGGAAGAUCAAAAAGGUCUUGGUUGAUUCCAUUGGCCCCGGUUCCGGAGGUCCGUUGCUAUACGAGAAUGUGACCAUCGCCGAGGGAAGCCCCAUACUCCGUGACCUGGUCUUCAGUCCCGAUUACCAGCACAUCUACGCAAUGACUGACAAGCGGGUGAGUCGUGUGCCAGUGGAGAGCUGUGAGCAGUAUGAGAGCUGUGAACUGUGUCUGGGCUCCAGGGACCCUCACUGCGGCUGGUGUGUCCUGCACAACGUCUGCUCCCGGAAGGAUAAGUGUGACCGGGCGAACGAGUAUCAACGCUUCGCCUCCAACUUGCGUCAGUGCGUCCAGCUGAGCGUGCAGCCUCGGAACAUCUCCGUCACCACCUCUGAGGUCCUGUUAAUUCUACAAACCCGCAACGUUCCCGACCUUUCCACCGGAGUUAACUGUUCCUUUGAAGACUUCACGGAGACAGAGGGUCGGAUCAUGGAUGGCCGGAUCUACUGUCGCUCACCCUCUGCCAAAGACAUCAUUCCUAUCACCAAGGGCCAGGGAGACAAGCGGGUGGUGAAGCUGUACCUCAAGUCCAAGGAGACCGGCAAGAAGUUUGCCAGCACGGACUUUGUGUUCUACAACUGCAGUGUUCACCAGUCUUGUCUCUCCUGUGUUGACGGCUCUUUCCCCUGCCACUGGUGCAAGUAUCGACACAUCUGUACCCAGAACGCGGCCGACUGCUCCUUCCAAGAAGGGCGAGUGAACACGUCAGAGGACUGCCCGCAGAUUCUCCCCUCCACAGAGAUCUUCAUCCCAGUGGGAGUGGUGAAGCCGAUCACGCUGGCCGCCAAGAACCUACCCCAGCCUCAGUCAGGCCAACGAAGCUACGAGUGCAUCUUCAACAUCCAGGGGACCAUGCACCGCGUGCCUGCCCUACGAUUCAACAGCUCCAGGGUGCAGUGUCAGAACACCUCGUACAUGUACGAAGGAAAUGACAUCAGUGAUCUUCCUGUGAAUCUCUCCGUCGCAUGGAACGGGAACUUCGUCAUCGACAACCCAGCCAACAUUAAAGCUCACCUGUACAAGUGCACUGCCUUACGGGAGAGCUGCGGACUUUGCCUGAAGGCGGACCCCAAGUUUGAGUGCGGCUGGUGUGUGCAGGAGAAGAGGUGUGUUCUUCAACCCGACUGCCAGGCGCCGGGCAGCAGCUGGAUGCACCAAAGCAGCAGCAACAGCAGGUGUACUAAUCCCAGGAUCACCAAGCUGGUGCCCGAGACUGGGCCGAAGGAGGGAGGAACCAGGCUGACCAUCACCGGCGUGAACCUGGGCCUGAAGUUCUCCGAGAUCCGCUACGGGGUGCACGUGGGACGGGUCCGCUGCAACCCCAUCCAAGAGGAAUACAUCAGCGCCGAGCAGAUCGUGUGUGACAUGGAGCAGGCCAUGCCCCAAGUGGCUGACAGAGGUUACGUGGAGGUCUGUGUUGUGGACUGCAACGAUGACUACCGGGCUAUCUCAUCAGAACCCUUCACCUUCGUGACGCCAAGGUUUAACAAGGUGGUCCCCUCCCAAGGCCCCGUCUCCGGGGGCAGCCGGGUGACAAUCAUGGGCGUCCACCUCGAUGCCGGCAGUUCUGUGGAGGCCUACAUCGGAGAUAAUGGAAUCUGCCGCUUUGAAAGGAGGACUUCAGGGGAGAUUAUCUGUGUGACAUCUGCCUCGAUCACGGGCACCGGUCCAGCUUCCAUCCGAGUCCACAUCAACCGGGCUCAACUGCAAAACCCCAACGUUAAGUACAACUACACGGACGACCCCACCAUCUCCAAAAUCGAGCCGGAAUGGAGCAUUUGCAGUGGUGGGACGCCUCUCACUGUGACAGGUACCAACUUCGCCACAAUUCAGGAGCCCAGGAUUCGAGCGAAAUAUGGCAAAGAUCAGUCGACAAAUGAGUGCCGGGUGUUGAACGAUACGGCCAUGGUUUGCAAAGCCCCCUCCAUCGCACACAGCGGCCACAACUCGUUGGACGGCCCAGUUCAACCGGACGAGGUUGGCUUUGUCAUGGACAAUGUCCAGUCUGUGCUGAUCAUCAACGGGACCGGCUUCACCUACUACCCUGACCCCUCCUUCGAGAUGCUGAGUCCUUCAGGGUCGUUGGAGCUGAAACCCAGCUCCCCAGUGAUACUGAAGGGGCGGAAUCUGAUCCCCAAUGCGCCAGGCAACGUCAAGCUGAACUACACGGUGCUGAUCGGCGACAACCUGUGCGUGCUGACUGUCUCGGAGACGCAGCUCCUGUGUGAACCUCCCAAUCUGACUGGCGAGCAUAAAGUCCUGAUCCAGGUGGGGGGCCUGGAGUUCUCUCCCGGGAUCCUCCACAUUUACUCGGAUAGCCUGCUGACCCUUCCAGCGGGUUUUGGCAUUGGGGGAGGUGGCCUUCUCCUGCUGCUCAUCAUCAUCGUCGUGCUCAUCGCCUACAAGCGGAAGUCCCGCGAUGCCGACCGCACCCUGAAGCGCCUACAGCUGCAGAUGGACAACCUUGAGUCACGGGUGGCUCUGGAAUGCAAGGAAGCUUUCGCUGAGCUGCAGACGGAUAUCCACGAGCUCACCAGCGAUCUGGACGGAGCCGGGAUUCCAUUCCUCGACUACCGAACCUACGCCAUGAGGGUCCUUUUCCCAGGAAUAGAGGAUCACCCGGUGCUCAAGGAGAUGGAGGUGAAUGCCAACGUGGAGAAGGCGCUGACGCUCUUUGGGCAGCUGCUGAACAAGAAGGUCUUCCUGCUGACCUUCAUCCGCACGCUGGAGGCCCAGCGGAGCUUCUCGAUGCGGGACCGAGGGAAUGUGGCCUCACUCAUCAUGACGGCCCUCCAGGGCGAGAUGGAGUACGCCACCGGGGUCCUCAAGCAGCUCCUCUCCGACUUGAUAGAGAAGAAUUUAGAGAGCAAGAACCACCCGAAACUACUGCUCAGGAGGACUGAGUCGGUUGCAGAGAAGAUGCUAACGAAUUGGUUUACCUUCCUGUUGUACAAGUUCCUGAAGGAGUGCGCAGGGGAGCCGCUUUUCAUGCUGUACUGCGCCAUCAAGCAGCAGAUGGAGAAAGGACCGAUCGACGCCAUCACGGGUGAAGCUCGCUACUCGCUGAGCGAGGACAAGCUUAUCCGGCAGCAGAUCGACUACAAGACAGUGACCCUGAAUUGUGUGAACCCAGACAACGAGAAUGCCCCUGAGAUCCCAGUCAAGGUGCUGAACUGUGACACGGUCACGCAGGUGAAGGACAAGUUACUGGACGCCUGCUACAAGGGCGUCCCGUACUCUCAGCGACCCAAGGCAGCGGACAUGGACCUCGAAUGGCGACAGGGAAGGAUAGCACGGAUAAUUCUCCAGGACGAAGACGUGACAACGAAGAUCGAUAAUGACUGGAAGCGUCUCAACACUCUGGCACACUACCAGGUCACAGAUGGAUCAUUGAUAGCACUUGUACCGAAACAGACCUCAGCAUAUAAUAUAUCCAAUUCUUCCACCUUCACCAAGUCUCUCAGUCGCUAUGAGAGCAUGCUGAGAACGGCGAGCAGUCCCGACAGCCUCCGCUCUCGGACGCCGAUGAUCACACCUGACCUGGAGAGCGGCACCAAGCUCUGGCAUCUGGUCAAGAACCACGACCAUAUGGACCAGAGGGAAGGAGACCGCGGCAGCAAGAUGGUGUCCGAAAUCUACCUUACCCGCCUGCUCGCUACCAAGGGAACCCUGCAGAAGUUUGUGGAUGAUCUCUUUGAGACGAUAUUCAGCACAGCACACAGGGGCAGUGCCCUCCCUCUUGCAAUCAAGUAUAUGUUUGACUUCCUGGAUGAACAGGCGGACAAGCACCAGAUCACGGACCACGAUGUCCGACACACGUGGAAGAGUAACUGUCUACCUCUACGAUUUUGGGUGAACGUAAUUAAGAAUCCUCAGUUUGUCUUUGACAUUCACAAGAACAGUAUUACCGACGCCUGCCUCUCAGUGGUUGCCCAGACCUUCAUGGACUCCUGUUCCACCUCUGAGCACAAGCUGGGCAAGGACUCGCCCUCAAAUAAACUACUGUACGCAAAGGACAUUCCAAACUACAAGAACUGGGUGGAGAGGUACUAUGCUGAUAUCUCGAAGAUGCCCGUGAUCAGCGACCAGGACAUGAGUGCCUAUCUGGCUGAACAGUCUCGACUACACUUAAGCCAGUUUAACAGUAAUAGUGCACUCCACGAGAUCUACACCUACAUCAAUAAGUACAGGGACGAGAUUCUGACGACUCUGGAGAAAGACGAGCAGGCGCGGAGGCAGCGACUGCGCAGCAAACUGGACCAAGUGAUCGACGCUAUGGCUUGCAGCAGCUGAGAUCCCGUCGGAGAGGAGAGAGAGAGAGAGAGAGAGAGGCAGGAGGGUGGGGGGGUAGGGGAGGUGGGGAUGGACAUCCAGCGCCUGGGUGAUAUCUGAGCCCGUACGUAUGCGUUUGGGGCUGGGAGUUGUGUGGGGAUCGGGGUGGGAUUUGGUGGUGGGAAGGGAAUGGGCGGAAGAGAACCGUAAAUCGAGCAGUGUGCACAUUGGGUCCAUUGGGGUUGAGGCGCGUGGGAGGGGUCGCCACCCUGGUUCCCACACCCGGCGUAUAGCCCCCCCCACCCCACCCCCAGUCAAUUGACACAGGGUCGGGGAAAGAGAAGACCAGGGGUCUCCAUGUUUGCUGGGACUUCCACUGGGACCACUGUUCCCUCCUGGCUCCUCUUCACAGUUAGUGUUACUGCUAAAUUUGCACAAUUUACGAUUUAAAAAAAAGGAAGAAAAAAAUAGAAAAAAAGAGAAAUAUUUCCACUUUUAAAAUGAUUGAUAUAGAAUUGAGUUCCAUGAGCUUUGAUAUUUCCAAUGUUCUGUGCCAUUGUUUUCAUUUAAAUGUUCUUCAGUGAAAUACUUGUUAGUUGAAUUGUGUGGUAUAAUUUAAAUGUAACAUGCCUCGUGACUGAUGGUGACAUAAGGUUUUACAAAAUAAAGAACGAAACUGUCUUGCGAUUUGGGGUUUGGGGGGGUGGGGGUAAACCCAGGAGGAGGUUUCUGAGAAGAAUGUGAGGAGAAAAGAGUGAGGGAUAAAUAGAGAGUGAAAGAGAGAGAGAGAGAGAGAGAGAGCACAAAAUGGGCCUUGUGGGAAAGGACAACCUCAAAAUUAGAACCAUGAUUUUCAGUUUCUAAAACCUCAAUCCAUUAGUUUUACUCCUCCUGAUGGUAUCCAGGGUAACCAAAGGACUUAGUCAUUGUCAUUUAGUUGUUUUGGGAGGGGCUGUGGAUGAGGGAGGGUGAUGGAAGUUCAGGAAAUUAAAAUGGCUUCCUUUGCCAGUGGUUUCAUUGGGGAGCGUCGUUUCAGAAAUCCUCCUCUUAAGAAAAAAAAGGUGACCACGCUUGUAAUUUUGCUUCUAAUCUCAUACAGACUUUUUUAAAAAUCUUAAAUUAUUUUGAGUGUCAGUAUGCACAAGUCAUCGUUGACAGGGUUAGACACCCCCCCCUUCAUGAGGAAAUACUCCUCCCCUCCCUGACACCACCAUUUAAGCCAUCCUGACUCCUAAGAGACAGAAGUCACUGCCGAGAAGGGAUGUUUGGUCCCCAAAUCCUGAAAAUAGGGGUCCACAACCUUUUUUAUGCCAUUGACCAAUACUAUUAAGCAAGGGGUCGAUGGACCACAGUUUGGGAACCCCUGCUGUAAGCAAUCAGAACCCACCCUAUACUUUUUCCUCUAAUUAUGCUUGAUUUUGAAGUGUUAUGAAGGAAACGAUUGUACUGUUGUCUUGCUACUUGUUUAAUGCUCUUGGAUGGCCAGUCAAAGCUCCUCUCAGGGAGUGCACAUUUUUCUUCUUUAACCCAGACGUAUCUGAAUGCCACUGAUUAGGGUUCAACGGCCUGGCCCGGGGGUGGCCGUGUUUCUAUCAAGUAAGGAGCCUAGGUUUUUUUUUAAUUUAAUUUAUUCAGGGAAUGUUUAUUCCCAUCCAUGUUUUUGCGGGGUGGUGCUGGUUGUGGGGCACUUGAUGUUGCCUGCUUCAAGAGGCUGUUGAGGAGUCGAGUUUAACAUCAGAGGCACAAAGGAGACUGCAGAUGCUGAAAUGUAGGGCAGAGAGAAACGAAGUUCGGGAGCAAGCCUGCAGAGCGAAACCUUCGUGGAUGCUGCUUGGCCCUCUCUGCUUAGACCAUAAGGUGUCGGAACAGAAUUACGCCAUUCAGCCCAUCGAGUCUGCUCCACCAUUCUGUAUUAUCUCCCUCAAUGCCAUUCUCCUGCCUUCUUAACCUGUCGAUCUCUGCUUUCAAUAUACCCAAUGAGUUGGCCUCCAUGUGUCUGUAGCAACGAGUUCCACAGAUUCACCACCCUCUGGCUAAAGGAAUUACCACUCAUCUCUGUUGUAAAGGGAUAUCCCUGUAUUCUGAGGCUGUGCCCUCUGGUCCUAGAUACUCCCAAAUACAGGAGACAUAUCUUCCAUGUCCACUCUAUCUGAGUUCAACGAGAUCUUCCCAUUCCUCUCAUUCUUCUAAAUUCCAGCGAGUACUGGUUCUGAGCCAUCAAACACUCCUCAUUUGUUAACACUCUCAUUACCGGGAUCAGUCUCGUGAACCUCCUGUAGACCAUCUCCAAUACCAACACAACUUUUCUCAGAUAAGGGGCCCAGAACUGUUCAUGAUACUCCCAAGUGUGGUCUGACCACUACCUUACAAAGCCUUGGAGCCUGUUCAGCAGUUUGUGUUUGGCUUCAAACAUUGCAUCAGUGUGGGAACUCGAGUCAUGUUUCCUCAGGGGCUGGGUAAAAAUUGCUGGUUUCUUGGUCUAGUGUUAAAUUAACCAGCGAGGGUGGUGAGGCAGCUUCAGAAACUCUGUCAUUGAGACUGGCAAUUUAAUCGCCAGAUUCUUUCCAAAGGAGGAAUUGGAUUCAAAUUCAGUUUCUCAGUUGCUGCCCUGAGAUUAUGUCUGGACGGUUAUCCCAGUGAAAUGGGCACCAUUUAACUAGUCAUGAAAACUUAAUGCGAUGGGCAACUUGACUUGCCACCUUUCACCUUCUCUGCCCCGGGCUGAUAGACUGAGAAUGCCUCAGUCUAGAGCCCUGCUUGACAGCAAUAUUCCAGCGUGUUUCUGGAGAACUUUAGGAGUCAGCGGAGUGGAAUUUCAAUAAGCUUGGUGUUGUGGCUUGGCUCUGAAAUCCCUUUUCAUCGCCUGCCCCAUCCCAAGGAAGGAACGUGUAGAUCCUUCAACAUCGCCUUAUCAAGUUUGCAUAUUUACUCGUCCAUUACUUGGGGAAGGGGUACUAGCUGACAGGUGAGGGGGGCCUGGGUGGGAGGGAGCUUCUUCUUCCCCCCUCCCCCAAGUCUUAUUCUGGUUUCUGCCCCCUUCCUUUCUAAUACUGAUGAAGGGUCGCAGCCUGAAGCGACGAGUAUUUAUUCCCCUCCAAAGAUACUGCCUGAUCUGCUGAGUCCCUCCAUCAUUGUGUGUGUGCUGCUGGAGAUUUCCAGCGUCUGCCAGAAUCUCCUGUGUUUAAGACAGACCAGGAUAUCUAUGUUCAGAAGUGUUGAUUAAAGGUUAAGCAUUUCUCCAGGACAUCUGAUUCACUCCUUUCAAAUAGCACCAGAGGGGAUUUUUUGUGUCAAACCGAGCAGGUAUUUGGGGCUUGAUCUAACCUUUCUGACCGGCCCCAUGUUCUGUACAUCACUGGGCCACCAUUUUGCAUUGUCUGUCCAAGGUGCUAAGGUGAAAUUUGAAAUCACUACCUCCUUGUGAGUGUAUUCAGUCAGAUAGGGAGCAUCUAUUGGAAGAGAUGCCAAAAUAUUGACACCUGAAGCUGUCAGUAAUCAUACUUCCCAUGUACUGUACCUACAUCCCAUGCUAAUAGUUCCCUGAGGAUGUAAAGGCAACUCAGUUUCUCCUGUGACUCAAACUCCCACUGGGUAAUAAAUGCCUUCAGAAAUGGGGCAGAGAUUCUGGUCACCAGCUAUCUUUCAGUUCAAGUUCAGUCCAGCUCACUCACCAAAGAUACUUGAUUCUGAAGUUCUUUGGGCAAUUUGAGUAGAGUAGGAAUGAGACAUUGAGGUUAGGUUUAGGGAGAGACAGCACGGUAACAGGCCAUUCUGGCCUAAUCCAGCCAAUUACACCCUUGUGACCAAUUAACCUACUAACCUGUAUGGGAGGAAACCGGAGCAAACCCAAACAUACAAUCUCCUCACAGAUAGCGGCAGGAAUUGGCCUUGGGUUGCUAGCAUUGUAAUAGCGUUAUGCUAACUGUAAUGUUACCUGUACCAACUUCUACCUGGUGUUGAGCAUUGCACUGGGAACUGAGUCUGAUUGAUCUGCUAGACCAAUGGGAACCGGACUGGAGAACGAUAGGAACAUUGCUACGGUGGAAACUGAGAUAACAGUUCCCCACUUCAUAUUAGAUGCCAGACUUGGGGGGAGCUCCAUUUAUUGGGCUGUUUGGGGGUGAGCAAGAUUUUUUUUAAAAAAUGAAUGUCGUUCUCUGUUUAUAACUGGUUGGGAUUAAUCAUUCAUUCCUCUGUGGGAGAGCCUCACUGUGUUUAAAAAAAAAUUACAGCUUGAAUCCUUCGGCCAGUUCCAAAGGCCUGAAUCACUAUGUAAUCAUUUUCUUCCCCAGCUGCCUCACAGUUCACACACUGACCAGCCUGUGGUGAGUUGUCGAAGAUGCC